GUAACUGUUGAUUCGAUUGAGAUGUUGUCCGGCCCUUGAAUCGUCUUUCCUUCAAAAACCCUAAUUCCCUUUCUCUCCUUCUAACCAUGAAUCACACCCAAACCCCUUUUUCUUCUUCUUCUUCCUCCUCCUCCUCCCACCAUUCUGCUACUAUCACCACCGCCCAACAGAGUGCAGGUGGUAACCCCAUAUCAAUGGGGUCAACUCUUGGAGCUUCACGCCAUUGGCGAGAUGUCUUCUGGCUAGGAAUCUUUGUUUUGCAUUUGAUUUUGGUAGGUUUUGCUCUUGGGGUACUUGGUUUUAAUAGGUUUAGGAAGAAGGAUAGACUUAACAUAGAUCAAUACACAAUCAAGUUUCUUGAGAAUCAAGCUGGUUUAACGGAGGAUUACUGGCCACUAUAUGCUGUUGCUGCUGCAAUCAGUACAGUUAUGGGAUGGGUUUGGUUGUUGUUGCUUGGUUCACGUUCAAAUCAAAUGAUGAAAGUCUCUGUACAUAUAUUGACUACUUACCUUGCGGUGCUUAGCGUUUUGUGCUUUUGGGGAAAACUGGUGUUUUGGGGUGUUGCUUUUGCUAUUGGCUCUGGAUUGCAGUUCUUAUAUAUCAUAUCAGUAAUAGACAGACUUCCAUUUACAAUGCUGGUGCUGCAAAGAGCCGUGAAGAUGGUAUGGAAGCUUCCAGAAGUUAUGAGAGUAGCAUGUGCAUUUAUGCUAGUCAUGCUUCUUUGGUUAGUAUUAUGGUCCUUUGGUGCUGCUGGUGUUGUGGCUUCGGGGAUCGGUGAUGGUGGCCGGUGGUGGCUUCUUGCGGUUUUCUCGGUGAGUUUGUUUUGGACAGGGGCGGUUCUUUGUAAUACUGUCCAUGUUAUAGUAUCGGGAAUGGUGUUUCUUGUACUUAUCCAUGGUGGUCGAGAUGCGGCAUCAAUGCCUCGCAACCCACUGCUGCAAUCUUUACGGCAUGCUGUAACAACUUCUUUCGGAAGUAUCUGUUACGGUUCUCUUUUCACAGCUGCUAUUCGAACGCUGCGGUGGGAGAUUAGGGGAUUCAGGUCAAAAAUUGGCAACAAUGAGUGUCUCUUAUGCUGUGUGGAUUUCCUGUUUCAUCUAGUGGAGACCCUUGUUCGUUUCUUCAACAAAUAUGCAUAUGUGCAGAUUGCAGUUUAUGGCAAAAACUUCAAUCACUCGGCCAGAGAUGCAUGGGAGUUGUUUCAAUCGACUGGUGUAGAAGCGCUUGUUGCAUAUGAUUGUUCUGGAGCUGUUUUACUCAUGGGUACGCUCUUGGGUGGGCUUAUUACCGGAACUUGUGCUGUAGUUUUGACAAGGAUUAAACAUCCCGAUAGAGAGAUGAUGAUCGGGUCAACUGCGAUAUUGAUGGGCAUGGUCUUGGUCGGAUUGGCAAUGGUGGUGGUAGAAAGUGCAGUUACAUCAAUAUACAUCUGUUACGCGGAAGAUCCAUUGUUAAUACACAGGUGGGACCCUGAAUUCUUCAACCAGAUGUCGGAGACGUUGCACCAACGUCUCCAACACCGAAGUGCACGUGCAAGGGAAGGAUUGAGCCAACAUCGGCUGAGUGACCACAUACAAGAAACGAUAUCCAUUUGAUUUGUUCAAUCGUUUUUCUGCAAAUGUAAUGCUUGUAGAAACCCAUGACAACGAUCUGACCUAAGGUCGGAUUCAAUUUGUUAAAAUUAUGUAUUCAUUUGUUAAUGAUCAAUGUGCAGCAAGUUUUGAAGGAAA